UUUCGCCAGUGUUUCUCCAGACUUUGCUCACGGAUUCCACAGAUAGCACAGGUUCAGCUGUUAAGGCAAUCUUCUCGUGCCAAGAUUCGCGAUAAGUUCUGCAUUCUGUCGCAACAAGGAACAUUACGCGUGUGUAGCUUGAAAUCCACAAGGAUGGCCAGUAGGAUCAUUACUGCUGAGUCGAAGAACAGAUAUAUGAAAGACGUUCCCACAUUAAUAACAUCAUCAUAAACGAAUAGGUCGGCGUAGAUGUUUUUUACUCCUGAUAUAUAACUGUCAGCUGUUCCCUUUUGAAGGUUAGUAUUUGCU